GUUAAUUCUUUACUAUGCUCGGCUCCUAAGAGUGUCAAAACGACGAACCGGUUGUGGCCUGCGACCGACAUCUCUUACCUAGCUUGUCCCUUUCCGGGCCUUUGAGGGCCCGGCCCAGCCCACUGUAGCCAUGGCGUACAACCCUGAUACCAUGUCAUUUGACUGCCCGGACACGGACACGAUCUAUGUCAGCGGGCUUCCGCCAAACACAAACGAGUCAGAUGUCGCUACCUACUUCGGCUCCAUCGGUAUUAUCAAAAUCGAUAAGAAGACCAGGAAGCCAAAGAUCUGGCUGUAUCGCGAUAAGGCGACUGGGGAGCUGAAGGGCGACGGCACGGUCACAUACGAUGACCCCUUCUCCGCGGCGUCCGCGGUGCAGUGGUUUGGCAACAAGGAGUGGAACGGCUCCAUGCUGUCAGUCUCGCUGUCGCAAAAGAAGCAGGCCGCCGCUGGCCCCUACGGCGGUGGCGGUGGUGGCUACGGCGGUGGUGGUGGUGGCUACGGCGGCGGCGGUGGUGGCUACGGCGGCGGUGGCGGUGGCGGCUACGGAGACAUGGGCGGUGGUGGCGGAGGAUACGGCGGCGGUGGUGGUGGCGGUGGCGGCGGUGGCCCCGGUGGCGGCCGCCCCGGCGACUGGCCCUGCCCCAAGUGCGGCAACAACAACUUUGCCUUCCGCCGUGCUUGCCACAAGUGCCAAACGCCAAAGCCGGCUGGGCCUGGCGCUGGCGGCGGCGGCUACGGGGGUGGUGGUGGCGGCGGCGGUGGUGGCUACGGCCAAGACUCGUACGGUGGCGGUGGUGCUGGCGGCGGCUACGGCGCUGGCGCUGGCGCUGGAGGCUACGGUGGUGGCGCUGGCGCUGGAGGCUAUGGCGGCGCUCCCGCUGCUGGCGGCUAUGGUGGUGCCCCCGAUGCUGGCGCCUACGGCGGUGCUCCCGGUGCCGGAUACGGGGCCGGAUAUGGCGACGCCGGCGCUGCUGCGGCGCCCGUCGCCGCGCCACCAGUCGCUGCCCCACCGGCGGCGGCGGCCGCGGCGGCUCCCGGCUCGGACAAGCCGCGUGUGGUGGCUGCGCCGCAGGGCCCUCCUGGCCUGUUCACGCCGGACGACUGGGCCUGCCCCAGCUGCGGCAACGUCAACUGGGCGCGCCGCGGCAAGUGCAACAUGUGCGGCACCAACAAGCCCGGCACCGUGGAUAUGCGGCGUGAGGGCCAGGGCGGCGGCUUCAAGGAGCUGGACGAGCAGGAGGUGGAGGAGGCGCGCCGGCGCCGCAAGGAGUACGAGGAGAAGGACAUGUACGACGAGUUCGGGCGGUUGAAAAAGCAGUUCCGCAGCACCAGCGAGGCGGACCGCAAGGCGCGCGAGGAGGCGGCGCUGGCCCGCCUGCGCGGUGACUACAACCCCGCACCCAGCGCAGCGGAGGACCGCGGCGGACGCGACCGCGAUGACCGCGGCGGCGACCGCCGUGACCGCGACCGGGAGCGCCGCACGCGUAGCCGCAGUCGCAGCCGCAGCCGCGACCGGGGCGACCGCGGAGGUGACCGGGACCGUGGCGGCGACCGGCGGGACCGCGACCGGCGCUGAUGCGUGUUGUAGCCGGGCUGGAGAGUGGCGUAUGGCGUGUAUCGGAAGAGCAUAUGUGUGUGUGAUGGACAGUUCCCUGCCACUUGCCUGGCGACGUUCCGGCAGGUGGUGGCAUGCAGCCGUGGUGGGACCAGGGCUGUGGCGUUGUGUCACCGGACACAGACGGGUUCGGUGAAGCUGACCGGUUUAGAGCUUGGCCGUGUGUACCCUUGGUCAUCGGGGUGCACGCGGUGGUAACUAUGUGCACGUGCACGCAAGUGUCUUAUAUGUAAACGCUGUGGACUUGUAUCGACAAGCGGCCAGUCCCCAGCCAGUUGUCGGAGGGGACUGCGAGGCUGCGGACAGGGGUUGUGCGGAGGUCGCGGCAUGGGCGUGGGUACGGUGGUGCCUUCGAGUCGGCUGAGAGGACUAGUAUCAAGUAAUGAAUCGACU